GACCCACAUAUAUAAGAAACAGCUGACCUUCGCUGGUCCUUUAGCACCAGGCGACAGGGACCGGAACUUUCUGAAGAGCGGUGUUGCAGAAGGAUGGGGAUAUACUGUGAGCAGGGGCCAGCUCUACUUGAACAACCAAAGGAUGUCACACUUAAGAAGCAGAAACAAAGGCUCAAUGGCCUUCGGACAGUGAGAGGUCACCAUGGCUCCCUGCACCAGCGACCUGGCCAGUUCAAAGAGCAGCUCCCUGGCACAAUAUUUAUAGUUGGUGGCUGGACCCCAAAGGACCCCUCAUGCCCGGUCGAGCGAUUCUGCCCACUAUAUAAUGAGUGGAGGCUGAUGGCUCCCAUGCCUGGUCGCCGUGGAGACGUGGCCGUCUGUGCCCUGGCUGGGAUGAUCUACACUGUAGGCGGGCGUGAUGAUGUCACCUGUGUGAGCAACGUGGAAAAGUAUGACCCCGUAACGAACGAGUGGAGCAGUGAGGCAUCCCUGAGCAGCCCCCGUAGUGGUGUGUGUGUGCUGGAGAUGGAUGGGUACAUGUAUGCCCUGGGGGGAUAUGAUGGCACUGCCUGCACCAACACUGUGGAAAGGUUUGCUCCAGAGCUAAAGAGCUGGACUAAACUGUCCCCCAUGAGGCAGUCUCGGACAGGAGCCGCCGCUGCGAUGCUGGACGGUUACCUGUAUGUGAUGGGCGGCACAGAUGGAGACACACCACUCAGCUCAGUGGAACGCUUUAACCCACUGGACGGGAUGUGGCAGGCUUGUGCCCCCAUGGGGACCCCCAGAGAGCGGCCAGGCUGUGCUGUAUACCUGGGCUGCCUGUACGUGGCAGGGGGUCGGGAUGAGCUUUUACUGGAGCUCAGCACUGUGGAGAAGUUUGACCCCUACACCCUCCACUGGACACCCGUCCCACGCAUGAGGAACAAGCGUCACCAAGUGUCACUGCUGGUAUUUGGUGAAAGGCUGCUGGCUGUAGGAGGCUGUGAUGGCACAUCCAAUCUCCGAACCAUCGAGACUUAUAAUCCUGACACUAAUACUUGGAGACACUUUGGAAGCAUGAAGGCUUCACAUCCAGGAGGACAGGGUGUUUUGGUGAAAACCUAUCAAAAUGACUUUUUACACCUUUAAAUAUACCUGCCAGUCUAUUUUUUGAUGAUCAGUCUAUAUUUCUCAAUGUCUUAGAGCUGCUCAGUACAUUAUUCCUAAAUUGUGCCUGUGAAAUUGGCCUAUACUGUCAACUUAAAUUAGUGAACUUUACCUAAAAUAAUUACACAAAUAUAUUUCCUCAUAAAAAAGUUUCUUAACUCUGUUUCAAGCUUAAAUAACUUUAUAUCUGAGUUAUAGAUACUUUCUUAUUUUUCAGUAAUCCACACUUCCUUAGCAAGUAAGAUUAACAGCCCAAUAAUAGUAAAUAGCUGGCAGUAACCUCUAAUUUAAUUGUGCUAUGAUGCAAAUAUUUAUUUGUGUGCGAUGCAUUGGUACCGUCUGUAAAACAGCUUCAUUAUUUUAAAGGCACUGUUUCAUAAAUGAAUGAACAAAUGGCUGAAAAUCUAACGGUUGCAUAUUGUCUUAUUUAUUUCUAAAUACAGUCAUAAAAAUACAGAUAAGACAAAUGUUAUUCAUUUCUGAAGACUUAAAUGGGUUCAAUUAUCUUUGCCAUUCUGUUCUGUAACUGCUUGGGGCCAGUAUUCACCAACUGUUAGCGUUAGCAUUUCUGCUACAAGCUGAACUGGGAAACCUGGACACAAAACACCAUCAUGAUGAGACUAGCAAAACCAUGCAAAAUGCAUCCAAACUUACAUUUCAGUAAACACUACUGAGCAAAAGUUUGGCUCGACAUUGAUCAUUUGUGUUGUUUUCUACACGAUGACUUAUCCAGUGUUGAUGUAAAUUUUAAAAACUUAAAAAAAGAUUUUUAGAUGUUUUAUUCAAAAUUUUGAGGAUUUUAAGAUAUUAUUUACAGUAUGUUUCAUUGUUGUCUAGUUGUCAUGAUUUGAUCACCAUGUUUGAAAUAUGAGGUACUGUGGGCAUUAAAGGGGAGGUCCACUGAUUUUUCAAAAUGUCUAUAUAAUUAAAUGGUUAAGAUGUAAACAGUCCUUCAGAGUGAUUUGAUUUAAAAUGCUCUUUUCUAGAGAAACUUACAGAGUCAGAAUUGUUUACAGUGGUAGUUAUAGGAACCAGAAGUCUGAAGUUUUUACUGUCUGUAAAAGAUCCUUCAAAGAAAGUCAUUACAUGAAAUGAGAACUAUGUUGAAAGACAUUAUUUUAUGAAAGUUUUGAGGUACAAUUGUGGGCUAAUUUCUUUUUAAUACAUUAAUGACAAAAAGGUGCAGGGCAUUGCAAUGCAUAUUACAUAUAAAACACAGAAGCUGUGUAGGAUCACUGGUCAUUUUGGAUAGUAAUAAAAUGGCUAUAUUUGUG